GCUUUGGUACAGCGGUGCACUGUAUCUAAAAUCUCUUCGGGUGCUGGUUAGUUAGCGAAAUUAGCUCUCUUUGGCGUAUGUGUGAAAGGUUUGUCAUACAAGUACCAACCUGAGAGUGGGCAUAGAAGUAUCUGGAUAAUCUUUAGCGUGGAUAUACAGUGAAAAUACAUCACGUUUUGUGUGUUUUUUGAAAGUUAGUGAGCUAAUCAGUCGCGGUGUGAAACCGUUAGCUUAGCCGGCUAAGCAGGACGGUUGAGUUAGCAAAAAGAAAUUAAAGGUGAUAAGAGAGAAAGAAAGAAAGAGAGAGAGAAAAAGAAAGAAAGAAAGAAGAGACAUGGGCUCCAGAGCAUCGUCUCUACUCCGAGAGGAGGAUAUCGAGGAAAUUAAAAAGGAAACUGGAUUCUCGCACAGUCAGAUCACUCGCCUCUACAGCCGAUUCCACAGCCUGGACAAGGGCGAGAACGGCGCUCUCAGCCGUGAAGACUUCCAGAGAAUUCCCGAGCUGGCCAUCAACCCUCUUGGUGAUCGGAUAAUUAAUGCCUUCUUCUCAGAGGGAGAGGAUCAGGUGAACUUUAGAGGCUUCAUGAGGACGCUGGCACAUUUCCGGCCCGUCGAAGACAACGAGAAGAACAAAGACCCAAACAUCGAGCCGCUCAACAGCAGGAACAACAAACUGCUCUUUGCCUUCCGUCUCUAUGACUUGGACCGAGAUGAUAAAAUCUCUCGAGAUGAGCUACUCCAGGUGCUGCGGAUGAUGGUGGGUGUGAAUAUUUCUGACGAGCAGCUGGGCAGCAUCGCAGACCGGACCAUCCAGGAGGCCGAUACCAACGGAGACAUGUGCAUCUCCUUCAGCGAGUUCAUCAAGGUGCUGGAGAAAGUUGAUGUUGAGCAGAAGAUGAGCAUUCGCUUCUUGCACUGAAGCACCACUCGCUUCCCGCUGGACCGCACUCUAAUUCAAGGCCGUUCGUGCCGUGUGGGACCCGCCGCUGGUCUGUCGCAUUUCGGCCUCCUCGGCUCCGAUUACUCAUCUUAUGGGCAUUGUCGCUUUGUGUUUUUAUUCGUUUCUUCUGUCAAAUCAUCGCUCGCAAUCACACUCGCAUUGUUGUUUGGAUCAAAGGGAAUAUUCAUGUGCCUUCAGUUGUUGACCCGGUCAGCCCGGCUGUACUCUUAUUUAUUCUGGACAAUUUCUGGUUUGAACCCAGCUCUCUUAUUGUUCCGUUCAACAUAGUGGGCGUAGUGGUGGAGUAGUUUGAACAGUUAUCGUGGGUUAUCGUAUUCAGAGCCAAAUCUGUUGCUUUUAAUGUGUUCUGUCUGUCUUAAUCAACUUAACACUUACUGCAAACAGACCUUCAACUUGACAUUUGCACAUAUCCCCAAAAAAAAAAGUUUUCAUAACCUUAUUUCUGGAUAUAUGGGAGACGAGAUCAGUAAAGGAAGUAUUGCGAUAAAGGCUUAUUGUGGAGUCUUUUCUCUCCGGAUUUGACUGAACAUUUCCUGAAAGCAUUCCGAAGCUUUCAGGUUUACUUUUUUGUUGGUUUUUAAGACAACAUGAUACAUAUGUUAGAGCUGAGUGAUAUGACUGCAACCUGAUAUAAAUAAAUGAAUAAAUAUUUUCCUCCUCAGGUUAUAAUCUUGUCUGUCAGCUCUAAUUAGCAAUGUUGGUAAUUUAGUUAAACAUUAGCAUUGACCACAGAGUUUGAUGGCCUUCUGAUUCACACAGUCAUAUAAACUGCUUUCUCACUUUCGAGAGAAAUCGAGGUUCAGUGGGCUGCACUGUCCAAGCCUUCACAUAAAACAACACUGUUAAUGUGUUAUUUCACAUAUUAACUGCCUCAAGUGAUCAAAUGUUGUUCAUUUAUAUUGCUUACACUACCUGCUUUAGCAACGAUAAACUCACAUCACUGCUGAUUCUGAAAAUUCUCUUUGUUGUACAUUACUUCAGCAGGGCUUGCUGCUUCUCUCUUCAUGUAUACGUCUCUGUAAUGUUAUGGAUAGUGGCUGAUGAUGAUUGUGGGUUUGUAACUUUAAGAGAUGGACUCAAUCAAUUUCAAUUUUACUACUCAGUGGGAUUUUUUUUAGUUAUAUAUUCUGUCAUACAGAUAUUAUGGGGAAAGAAAGAAAGUGUGAUUUUGGUCAAAUAAAAAUAAGUGCCAUA